AUGGCAGCCCAAGGAACGUGCGCCGCAAGUCCGUCGCAGCCGCGCGGGCGAUCGUCCGCAGCGCACAUUACAAGAGGCUCUGCCUGGUUAACGACCGCAAUAUCAAAUAACGAAAGAGAUGAAAGUCCGGGUACGGAUGGCAACGUUUCACCAGAGCCACCUGACCGACCGCCCGGGAAAGUUCGGCAAGUGCAUCCUGAAGAUAAAACUCAAGUUCUUGCAUACGAUUCAACGUAUCGAAAGAAAAACAAGCCGAAAAAUCUUGAUUUAGAAGAAAAUCAUUAUAAUCAUUUAGCGAAUACUAAUGUAGCUAUGUCGCCAAUGUAUCCGUUGACGCCAAAUAUUUGCGUAGAAGGUGGUAAGAUUGAAUUCAUAAAAUCGCCUGCAGGGAGCGCUCGAAACAGCAUGGCGCUAGCGUCGCCGCCUCAAACGCCUUUGUUGGCACGACGUGGCUCUAGGGACAAACGCGAAGUCCGUAUCUACGAUGAGCCGACUGAAAAGUUCGACGGCGAUAAGGAACUUCUGGAAAAGCGCAUCAAGCAACUGGAAGCACAAUUGGAAGAAGAGAAAAGAAGGACGCAGAGGGAACGGAUGGCUGUCACCAAACUACAGAACAAGCUUAUAAAGACAGACGACAAACGGAUGGAAGUGUUUGUUCUUACAAACCCUGGAGCCAAAGACACCAUGUUUGGGGCACAACUCUACUAA